CGGUCAGUUCACUUGGUUCCCUCAAAACUCGUCGCUGAAUCGGCCAAAAUGACCGAGUCGCUGACUCACUCCCCUCAUAGCCCAACCGACGAAGAAACCGCCACCACCUCCUCCACCAUCAACUACCAAACCGUUCUCCCUCAGAUCCCAAUAGAGAUCGUGAGUGAAGAAGAAAUGGCUCUCAUAGAAGCUGCUUUAGCCGCCACACGCUCUUCUCUCGCCUCGGCUUCUUGCUCUGCAAUCAACUCAGCAGCCUCGUCUUCGUCCUCAAUCUUUUGUUCUUCGAUUCAGUUUCAAGGGAAUGCGAGGUCUAUUCGGUCCAUUUCGUUGUUGUCUAAGAGGAGGUUGUCGGGUUGUACAGAGACCGGUUCAGGUGGUGAUAUUGAGGAUUUAGGUGAUGGGUUUAAUCUUACCUCGAAGAGGAAUAAACCGACUGAGUCCUUGUUGCAUCGGUUUCGGAGGAGAAGAGGGUUGUCUGUUACCGAUAUUACUUCUACGGAGUGGUGUGAAAAACAGAUGGAGUUUUUUCUAUUCUUCGGCAAGCCAGAAAUCACUAAAGCUAUGAAAGCAGGUACAGCUCGCCAUGCAGUACUUGAAGAAGAGGUUGUAAAAAGAGUACCAGUUCGUGUUGCAUCAGUUGAAGAUACAUGGGCGUUAAAAUUCAUAAAUUUUAUAGUUGGUGUGAAUCAAUUACUGUUUGAUGGCUUAACACGCGAGUUGCCAUUAGUGGGCUUUGCAGAAAAUGUAUGGAUUGUGGGAGUGAUCGAUGAAGUUAGAAUGCCUUCGACAGAAACCGAAAGAAAUCCAACAUUAGUAGACACAAAAACUCGUGUGCAGCCAAUUAUUCCUUCUGAACCACAACGAAGAAAUGGAAGGCUUCAAUUGAUGUGCUACAAGCAUCUGUGGGACAAUUUGGCUGCUGAUAAAUUCCCCUCCAGACAGUUUUUAGAAUUCUUUUCUUUGAAUCCCUAUAACAUUUUAUCUGAAGAAAUCAGAGAGAAUACUGCUAAGUCAGGUUUUCCUGCAGAGACUCUAGACGAUUUACUGAGGUAUUUUCAAAAUAUUUGUGGCAUGCUUCCUCCAGCUCAUGACCAACUACUGUUGAGAUAUGAAUUUCAGGAAGAUCAAUCUCUUCUUGAAGAAGAUCUGUUUGAGUAUGACUCUGAUUGGCUUAAGGGUCAAAUUAAGUGUAGUCUUGAGUUUUGGCAGGGGGGCCGAGAAGCCAGUUUUACACCAAAGGAGGAGCGUUGGAAAUGCAGGUUUUGUAAGUUUGCUUCUGUAUGUCCAGUAAACAACAUCGACCCCGGUGGUUUACCAAGCUAGAGAAGAAGCCAUAUUUUUCUUCGAUAUAGUUCCAUUCAGAUUCCUCAAAGAUACUAAUUGUAUACGAGCUUCUUUGUAGUAUAUUUCAUGGCUGAGUCAUGCACUUACAGUGCUUGAUCGAAUGAAUAUUAAGCAAAUUCUUGGGCAUACAUGAUAACGAUACAUGAUAAAGAGAUGGAGACGAGAUGCAAGAACUCUUAUACGCAGCACUCCAGUGCCAGAAUAAAUGAGGAGGAUACCAAGUUGGUGAUAGCAUCACGUUAUAGGCAACUAUGUCCUAGAAUGGUGCCGUUCAUAUCAAUUGGUGUCACAAGUUAAUGAUUUGUUCAAACAAGUAGAGAAAAUGAUUGUAUCACAAGUUGAAGUGAGUGUUAGUUGUGAUGAAG